UCUGUGUCCCGAAAUGUAUGCCGGGAAUUGUAUGUCUUUUAAAAGUUACGAGUAAAUUUCUAUGGUAAUUAGGUAAAACGAGACCUAUGACGUAUUGCUAAAGUUCCACAUGAAGAAGAAAUUGCAUUUAAAAUAUAGUUGCUUGACGUUGUUGUUUUUUUGUUUUUGUUUUUUUAAAUCCCAAAUAUGGAAGAAAGUUGAAAUGAUAUUUGGGUACAAGUUAAAAUCAUUAAGUAAUGUUAUUGCCUCCACAUUCCAAAAUCAAUUGCACACGUCAGGUGUAAUUUCUAAAAACUAUCACUCUGUGUGAGAUACGGUUGCAAGGAACAAAAACGUAUGAGCAAAUGAUAACAUUUUACCAGAUAGUAUAUAUACUAUAUGCCAUGUACAGGACUGGAAUGCAGCUAUCAAAUGGCCUGAUAUAAAAUAUAAUACUGUAAUUUUUAAAACUGCGACAAAGAAAGGGACAAAUAAGUCCAUUUGAAUUAUGAGAUAAUACACAAGUGCUCAGGAUCAAUACUAAAAUACAUAUUUCGGCGAUUGUUAGUCUGCACGGCUGCAGAAAUGUAUUCAACUCAUAUGCAUACAGACAAGACAGUUCCAAAAGUAACACUGUAUCAUUUGGGACCAUUUUUAUGUGUUUGUUUACAUAUUUAUUUUACAGAACAAAUUCAAUUCCAAAUUUUUCACGUUCUUGCAGUGCAUUGUGCGAUAUGAUUAGUCAGUUUUAAACGGACUUCUUUUCCCAUAAUGCACGGAAUUGAGACGUUUACAAGGGUCAAUGUGUCAUUUAUGCGCUGAAAAGAACGCGAGAUUAUAGGUCCCUCAAUCCCCAAACCACCAAGCCAGUUUUAAUGAUAAAAAUAAUCAGAAUGUCAUAUAAUAUAUAAUUUUAUGCUUUAUUGUUUAAUUACAUCUUUUAUUUUUCAUUACCCUUUAAGACGUGUUUCGUAACACAAUAUUAUAUAUUCAACGAUACCGAGUGCAUUUAAUGCAUAUUAUGUAUGGUCGCAGUAUACUCAAUGCCUUUCUUGUUUUAUGUUUCUUUUUUUGCAAGCACUGUAUUAUUGCAUUUGUCGUCACUUCCGUGUCAUGCAUCGCAUCGCAGGAAGCCGGGAGGAGGGUAUCAUACGUAAUUGAGGUCAUUGGCAGCGUGGUUUUCUCCGUAAUCAUUAGUACGGAUGUAAACUAAACGUUUCUUAUGAUUUUAUAUACAGCUCAGAACUCAAUAUGGCUAACGUAGUUCAUUUAUUAAAUUUGGUGGAUUGAGUACAUUUAAAUAUAUUUGGCAAAUAUUCUAGUUUACCGUCUAGCUGAUAAUUUUGUUAAAAGUCUUUAACGGUCAAUUUGUCAGACUUGGCAUUGGCGACUGUAUAACUGUAACGAUAUUGAUUGUAAUCUGAUUUGAUUAGGGAACCCUUACUUGGUCACAAUGCUAAUAAAUCUGGUUAGAUUUCAGCGUCAAGUAGGCUUUGUGUUUUCUAAGUGUCGGAAUCGUGACACAUGGCUUCCCUCUGUUAAUCACUCGAAAGAAUACUCCGCUGCAGCUUUGGAAAGGAAGAAAUUCUACCAAGAUGUCAGUAUUUCACAGGGAGAAGAUGGCUUGUAUGAGAUUAAUCUGGACCGCAAGAAACUGAAGACUCCUGCGGGCAAACUGUUCACUGUACCCAAUGAAGCUUUAGCCAUCGCUGUGGCAACAGAGUGGGACAUGCAGAAGGACACACUGAAAUUCUACACCAUGCAUCUGACCACUUUGUGCAAUACUGCCCUGGAUAACCCCACCCAGCGGGACAAGGGACAGAUCAUCGCAGCUGGCCUUAAGUUUCUGGAGACAGACACCAUUUGCUACAGGGUAGAAGAACCUCCAGGACUGGUGGAACUUCAGAAGAACGAGUGGGACCCGGUGUUGGAUUGGAUUGAGAAGAGGUAUAAUGUAUUAAUUGGCUCAUCUUCCAACAUAAUGGGGCCACAAAUACCAAAGGAGACCAAAGACACCUUCCAUCAGCAUCUAAGGUCCUACAACUUUUGGGCCUUGACUGGGCUGGAGUUUAUCAUCACACAACUGAAGUCAUUGGUGUUGUCCUUUGGGCUGGUUGACAGACACUUGACAGUGGAACAGGCUGUCUUGCUAUCCCGUCUGGAGGAGGAAUACCAGAUCCAGCGCUGGGGGAACGUGGAGUGGGCCCAUGACUACGACAUGUACGAGCUGCGGUCGCGCACCGCCGCUGGUGCGCUGUUUGUGCACCUGUCCUCAGAAAGCUCCACCGUCAAGCACAAACUGCUGCAGGACUGACACACUUUGCCGCCUUGUGUGCUCAAGGCCCUGGCUGUGAAUAUAAAGGCAAUUGCACUCAAAACAUCUCAGCCUCUGAAUGAAAGCUUAUUUUGGAGACCUGGCUGGAUCACUUAGUAUGUUUUCAUUUGAGUCAUGAAAAUUGCGGUUUAAAUUUCAAUUUGUGAAUCAAGGAAUUAUUGAAAUUUU